AUGGAAAACAGAACACUCGGCACUCUGGCAGAGCUUGCAGGACACGCUCUGGAUCACGUGACCCACCUCCCAGCUUGGAGCCUGGCAGCUCACCUGGUGGUAGGGGCCGUGGUUGUCCUUCUCCAGCAGAGGAUGAGGGGCUCUCGGCGGUUCUCAGACUGGAAUGAAUUCCUCUGUACCCUCCUCUGGAUCACCUGGACCCUCGAAACCUCCGUCAUUAGCUUCGCCUCCUCCAAUCUCCACGGACACUUCUAUCUCUUCCUCCGUCUCCUACUCUGGCCUCUGCUCUCCCACGACGCCUGCGUUAACCCUCUCAACUCUGUCUACCUCGCCAUCACGGAGGGCUCACUCCGGAGUAUACCCCAUCGACUCGGGAUCCAGUUGGUCGCCAUGGUAACCGGGUUGGUGUACUCCGUCCUCUGUUGGCAUGUUCUCGGUAACUUGUUAUCGGAGGUUCAUCUCGAUUUCAUGAGCAGUCGCCUCAGUCCGUUUCUCAACGUCACUCUGAGCGAGGGCUUCCUUCUAGAGCUGACCAUGUCCUUUGUCAUGUACCUCCCUCGCCUGGUCAUGAGUUCAGGGUUCACUUGUACCUUUGUCUCGGCCGUUCUGACGUGUGUCAUGAUUCUGUGUCUUGAGCACACAACUGGAGCGUUUAUGAAUCCGUUAGUGGCGCUGUCGUCCAGCCUUCUCUGGCACUACAGCUCACUCUCUCCGGCCAGAGUGUGGGAAAUGACUGUGGUGUACUGGAUUGGACCUCUGACAGGAACUGUUCUUGUUGCUAGACUAGACCUGUGGAUGUCACGACAACAAAAACUCAAGCUUCACUCCAGCUAG